GUGGGGCCGGGGACUGGCCUGCCCUGGACAGCCUGAGGCGUCUUGGCCAGUUGUUGGAGUUGGGCUUUCGACUCUAGUGUGUCUGCUACCUUCUCGUCUUGGUCCGGCUCUUUAGCGUCAUGGAGGGGGCUUCCUCGGUGGUGCCUGGUUUCCUGGCUAAGCUCUGGGCUCUGGUCAACGACUCGACCACCGACGACGUGAUCGCUUGGAGCCGGAACGGCCAGAGCUUCGGCAUCUUGGAUGAACAGAAGUUUUGCAAAGAGCUGCUUCCCAAAUACUUCAAACAUAACAAUCUCUCCAGCUUUAUCCGCCAGCUCAAUAUGUAUGGCUUUCGGAAGGUGGUUACAGUAGAAAGUGGGAUGAUUGUCCCAGAGAAGAAUACAACGAUUGAGUUCCAGCAUAUGUUUUUCAAACAAGGGGAGGCACACCUUCUGGAGAACAUCAAGCGUAAGGUGUCAUCUGGGAGAACUGAGGAUCUCAAAGGCUCUGAUGACUUGCAGAAAGCUCUCGCUGAGGUGCAGGAGAUCAAGGAGCAGCAGAUUGGCAAGGACAACAAGCUGGCGAGCCUGAAGAGGAAUAAUAAAGCUCUCUGGAAGGAAGUGGGCAGCCUAAAACAGAAGCACGGCCAACAGCAGCAGCUGUUAUCAAAGAUCUUCCAGUUCAUACUUGGUUUGAUGAAAGGAAACUACAUUGUGGGCGUCAAGAGAAAAAGGUCAUUGCCAGACGUGUCUGGUUCCCCGCCUUCGAAGUUGAGCCGCCAAUGUGUCCCGAUCCCCGUGGAGAAUGGGGAAGCUGUGGAUGUGUUAGACCCUGGUUCUCCAACUGUGAAGGACCCCAAUGGCAUCGUGAUUCAAGAUGUCACAGCUUCUAUGGAUGAUGGCCCCAGUGGGCUUGGAGCUCCAGCUCCCACUUUAUUUUUGUCUCCAACUCUUUCUGCAGAUCCGUCGAGCCUUCUUGAAGGGAGCAGCCAUCUAUCCCCAGUGCAUAUAAUACCAUCAUUUGGGUUGGAUUUGGAUGUGACUGACUGCCCCCUCCAAAUCACUGAGGAUUCCCUGGAGCCUGAGGACAUUGACAACCUUCCCCUGGAGCUCCACGCCUCCCAGGCCAGCGACUCUGAAGACCCCGCUGUGGUUAUUGACUCCAUCUUGAAUGACAGCCAUGUUUCCACCCAGGGUGGUGGCUUUUUGAACAGGAACGAAAUGCAGGAUUUUCUGAAUUGUAUCGAAGCUAAUCUGGAGGAGCUACACUCCAUGUUGUCUGCAAAUAAACUGACUCCGGACCCCGAGCUCCUGAGUGAGAUUCCAACUGCUGAAUUUCCAAUCCUGAACAUGAAUGAAACAGGAGCCUCAUCCAACUUGGCUGACACCCUGGUUUUCACAAAGAGUGCUGAAGAAGGUGGAAUGACCAGUGAAUUUGAAGCUGAUGGAAAUAAAGACAUGCAGCUGGUCCAGUACAUGGGCAACCCUUUGCUUUCACUAUUUGAAGACCUGCCUUCCUUUGAAGACAGAUCCCAGGAUGCUGGAGACCUUCUCCUGGCUGACCUGGAGGAUGAGAAGGAUGUGCCCACCUACUUGGAGGACUCAGAUGAUCCUCUCUGCCUGGUAGCACCCAGCCUGUCGGAUGAUUAUGAGAAUCCACUUGAGUCUUUCGAGUCCCCACUGCUCUUGGAAGACCCCAAUGGGGAGUACAAGCUGUUCCCCCUGUUGCUCCUCAGCCCUGUCGCAAACUUCAUCGAAGAGGCCACAGAAAUUGAAAACACCAUCUGAGCCCCUGGGGCUCCGUUCCCCCCUGCCUAGCUUCCUCCCCAAGUACUAGAGGCCCCACCACCACCUGGGGCCAUUAAUCUCUAACCUCCUCACACUCAAAGGGCAGGCCCUUGGGAGUGUGAGGGAGUUACUAGAAAUCCCGUGUCACUUGGGAUUGAAGUCUAGAUGAGGAGGAAGGUGGGCGAUAUGUUGGAGGCAGGGGGAAGGUCCCGUUUGUUCCAAGCCAAAGUUCUAACCUGCAGUUUUUAGGGUAUGCUGUUCUUGUAUAGGUGAGAAAGCUGUGUUUAAGAUGUCAUAAACUAGGGCUGUUUCUUUUGUGAUCCAGGGACUAGAGCAUUUGUUUGUGCACCAUGAGAUCUCCCAUCCCAGGAUUCUCCUGGGCCCGUUUGGUCUGUUAUAUAGAAGCAGGUUAUUUUUCUAGUACUUCAAAGACAGAACAAAGCUUUUUUUUUUUUCUCCUAAAGUUUGCAAGUAGGUUUAUUUGCAUAGCCAUGUGUUGAUCUUUUUCUCCUCUUAGACUGAAAUCUAGUUUGGUUAUUUACAAUUUUCUUUUCCUAUGGAAAACGGAACUUUUAAUGUGGAGUGUUAUUUUUCCAUAUGGCUGCCCCAUUCACUGCCCUACGAUCUGAGGGUGCCCCUUCCCAGGGACUGAGCCCCCCACCUUCACAUGUAUGGCCUUAUAGAAGAACCCACAGAAGUCAGACGAAGACCAACACCAAGGUGGGCUCCUAAGAGCAUUUAGGGAAGCCAACCCAAUUUCUCCAUAAGCUAAUUGCCACAGAACACACAGUGCCCCCUGGGAUGACAAAUGAAAAAAGGGUAUGCAUGAGGCUUCCUGAACUCCCCAUUCAGCUUGUUCCCCCCCACCACCUGCCCACUCCCUCCACUCUAGCGCCUUUAGGCAGGCUCAGCGCUCCAGUGUAGAUCUGAUGGGUAGCUCCCUUUGCAAGUAAUUGUGCUUUAGAAGUUGGGGGAGGGGUGGGAAGGGAAGGGGGAGCAACACUUUUCCCCAGUAUCCUCUUUGCUUUCUCUUUUACCUAAUGGGUCAAGUACCAAAAAGCCAGUAGCAAAAUUAAACUCUCAAACUAUCUCAUUUUUAUUUAGCACGUAUCUUAAACAUCUAAGAUAUUUAAAAUUUUGCAUAGUGCGCAUUAUGAGAAAUACAAGCUUCAAACAGUGUCUGCUUUAAAAUUUUGCAUAGUGCGCAUUAUGAGAA